GCCGCGGGGCAUCAUCAUCAGCGCGCAAUCCAUGGCCAGCGUCAGCUCAGUUGUCGAUGAGCAACGUCCAUUACAAUGCUGUUCGUAAUCCUUUUUCCGGCUCUGCUUCUCGCCAUCUCCAUGAUCAUGGCUGUCGGCGCAAGCGGAUCUCAGUUGAAGCCGCCAUCAUUGCCCUUGUUCGUCAGAACUCCGUACUUCUCCGCUUGGCUACCGGAUGCCCGUAACGAGCCAUGGAAAAACUGGCCCCAAUUCUAUACAGGAGAUGAACUUGGCCUCACCGUAAUGGUUCGUCAUGAUGCAAGCGAUACGGUCUACCCUCUUGUUGGCCGCGGUCAUGAAGAUCUGUUUAAAGAAGCUUCCGAUAGCCUUCUGCGCCAUCCUCAUUACCGGGGUGCUUCGUACGAUGCGUCCACCACAAACCUAUCGUAUACUCUCUCAAUGGAUAAUGCAGCUGAUCAGUGGUCGUCGGAUACUCGUGUCACGUUAAGCUUUAUUUCUCCAGUCACCCCUGAUGAUACAUUUCGUCAGGCCGUUCCCGCUUGCUACCUUGCGGUGCAUGUAGAGGGAACGGCUGAACUCUCCAUCUACAUUGAAUUCAAUGGCAUGUGGGCCACUGGAGACCCUGGCGGUGUCCUGACAUGGCAGGUUUCCAAACACGACAAUACUCGCAUAAUCGAUAUUGGACGACAAGAAGAAAGGCUCUUCACAGAAACAAGAGAUCGUGCCGAAUGGGGAAGGUUUUACCUGAUCGGCAACAAAACCGACAGUUAUGAAAUUGGUGACGCCAGGCUUCUCCGGCAACGGUUUGCUCAGAGAGGCACUCUGAUUCAACGCACCACCACUAACUCGGGCACCAUGGAUGUACUUGGUACUGUUAUGGCUGUUACGCAUCACUUUGAACCGACCAGUGACGGGGUACCAUUGCAGCGUACUGCACACUUCAGCGUGGCCCAUGUGCAAAUCCCCACAGUCCAGUUUGCCCGCGCGCGAGGUGUGCAAGCAAUGAAGCCGUUAUGGCAAAGCAACUUUACAGCUGGUGUCUUCCAAAUGUUACACUUCCACUACAAUGAUUUCGCUUCCUCCGUGGGGCUGGCGAAGUCCUUUUCGAAUACUAUCAAAGAGCGUGCCGUUGAACUGGCAUCGGACACAUAUGCAGACAUACUUGCCUUAUCUGCGCGACAAGUAUUAGGUGCGACAUCAUUCGCUGGAACCCCGGAGGAACCGCUCUUAUUUCUGAAAGAGAUCUCGUCAAACGGCAAUCAUCAGACCGUCGACGUAAUAUAUCCUGCCAUGCCUUUCUUCCUGUAUGCCAACCCUGCAUGGCUCAGAUACGCUCUGGUGCCAUUGUUGGAGCAUCAAGCUGCUGGUCUCUAUCCGCGUGAUGCCGCUAUGCAUGAUCUCGGGACCCAUUUUCCUAAUGCAACGGGCCAUCCGGACGGGAAUGACGAACAAAUGCCUUUGGAGGAAUGCGGCAACAUGUUGAUCAUGACACUGGCGAUGCUUCAGUCCUUCCGACAACAUCAAGGCGUCGAGGAGCUGCGAUCAUGGCUGGAGGGGAGCGAGGAGCAGUUCGGUGAACUAGGUGCGCCCAUUGGCACGUCGGCUCAGCACAGAAUGACCAGGUACGCUCUUCUUAACAGGUGGGCGGAGUAUCUCGUGGACAAUACUUUGUUUCCAUCUCAUCAGUUGAGCACGGAUGAUUUUGCUGGGCCGCUUGAAAACCAGACAAAUCUUGCCCUCAAGGGGAUUAUCGGUAUUAACGCUAUGUCCGAAUUAGCUGCCAUACUCGGACGCUCGGUUGAUAGUCGCUACUAUGCUAUGAUAGCAGAGCUCUAUAUCCAUCGGUGGGAGAAAUUAGCCAUGACCGACCAGUGUGCCCAUGCAAAGCUCGCCUACCACUGGCAGGGAAGUUGGUGCACGUUGUAUAACCUCUUCGCUGAUAGCUUGUUGUUUCCAUCGGAACCGCUAGUUCCCGAACGAGUGUACCAUGCGCAAAGCGAUUGGUAUGAACAUGUACUGCAGACUUACGGGCUUCCUCUAGACAACAGACACCUGUAUGCAAAGUCGGACUGGGAGUUCGUCGCACUUUCGACUGCAGGCAGGACUUUAAAACUAGAUAUUAUCAACCGGAUCGGACAUUGGAUAAAUGAAACGUCUACAGAUCGCCCUUUGACCGAUCUAUACGACACGGAACCACCUGGAGGAUUUAGCGGCGCUAUAUUCUACGCAAGGCCCGUUGUCGGGGCUCACUUUGCCUUGCUGGCACUCGAGAAGGUGUGUCAUUCGAAAUGA